AGAUGCUGUUUGUAAAUACGUUGCAUAGGGUCACGCACAGCGCCGCGUAUCUUACCUGCAUAUGCAUGGCCGCCCGGUAACGUGUAACUGUGUGCUACUGCUGCACGUAACUCUGUGUCACUGCUGGUGCCCGGUAAGGGGCGGUGUGCGUGUGUAGUACAGGUGCGGAAUCUGCGGAGGACCAGGGUAGAGCGGCCGGUGUUGCGGGCAGAGGGAGACAAUGGGCCGCCGGUAUAUGUGCGACUACUGUGACCGCUCGUUCCACGACAACCUGCACAACCGAAAGAAGCACCUGAACGGGGUGCAGCACCAGAGGAGCAAGAAAGCCUGGUAUGAUCUGUUCAGAGAUUCAUCGGAGAUCCUUGCUGAAGAAGAAUGUAAGAAACUAUGCAGACGCUUCCUACAGACGGGCCAGUGUGACUUUGGUCCAGCUUGCCGCUUUUCACACAUGACUGCCCAGGACUUAGAUGCUCUGAAGGCUCGCGUUGAAGGAGAGAGAAGGUUAAAAGAGGAACAGAGUAAACAGAUUCCUCCCUGCGAUGUGGAGUUGUGGCUGGAAGAGCGAGCUAAGAAAGAGAGCACUCGCAGUGAGAGUGCACCUGUGUCUGAGCAUCCUGUAUACCAUUUACCGGCCGGAUGGCCUCCACUUUGUGAGCUGCCCCCAUCCCUCCAUCCCCCGACAGCUGCCGAUAGGUGCGACGAAGAGGACCUGGAAUGGGGCUGAUCCUUAGCCAUAGGAAAAUGUAAAAUCCUUGAUAAAAGGAUGAGAUAUAAUUACAGACAAUGUUUUAGUGAUAGAUGUGGCACACAAAGUAUAUACUCUUGUGAGUUCAUGUAUCCAGAAUAAAGAUGAUGAGAUCUUUGUCUGCAAUAAGCUGAGACCCACACUGUUACAUAUCAAAGAGAAUGCAAAAUGGUGGUGGUCAAUAAAUGCAGUGUGUGGCCUUUU